UGGCUGGACCCAAGCUUCUGCUGUCGAUGACUUGGUGACAUUCCGCAAAUCCAAAUCGCCACUAAUUUAUGUUGAAUUGUCCACCUUUAAAACACACAUUUAAUGUUUUAUUAAGAUUUGUUAUUUUCAGUUCGUAACAGUGUCAAGAUUUCAGAGGAAUAAGUUCGUGCAAUAUGGCUACACGCCAUUCUGUCGCACAGCUCUCGCGUAGAGCAGCUGGUACUGCUAGCUCUUCAUUGAGCCUACGAUUAUCGAAUAGUGCGCUACAAACGAGAUCAUUCGCAACGCCGGUGCCACCUGUCACACAAAACUCAACUGGAUCGAAAGGUCCAACAGCCAUGGUAUUCUUAAAUAUGGGCGGUCCUUCGACUCUAGAUGAAGUUGGAGACUUUCUUAGCCGAUUGUUCGCAGACGGUGAUUUGAUACCAUUAGGACGACUACAAAACUAUAUUGGACCCCUCAUCUCGCAUCGAAGAACACCGAAGAUCCAAAAACAAUACGCAGAGAUAGGAGGUGGCUCGCCCAUUCGAAAAUGGUCGGAAUAUCAAAACGAAGAAAUGUGCAAGAUUCUCGAUCGGAUAUCGCCCCAUACAGCCCCGCAUAAACCCUACGUCGCGUUCCGCUAUGCAGAUCCCCUAACUGAGGAGAUGUAUAAUAAAUUGCUGGCGGAUGGCUUUGGAAACGGUAAAGGAGGAAGAGCUGUGGCGUUCACACAAUACCCCCAAUAUUCUUGCUCGACGACAGGAAGCAGUCUUAAUGAGCUGUGGAAAUGGCGGCAACGAUUAGAAGGUAAAUCUGGACCAGGCACGAUUCAAUGGAGUGUCAUCGACAGAUGGCCGGUACAUCCAGGCUUAGUGGAAGCCUUUGCUCACAAUAUUGAGAAAACGUUGGCGUCAUACCCCGAAGAUCGCCGAAGCCAAGUCGUCUUGUUGUUCUCCGCUCACAGUUUACCAAUGACGGUGGUGAAUCGAGGUGAUCCGUAUCCCGCCGAAGUUGCAGCCACAGUAUAUGCUGUGAUGCAGCGACUGAAGUUUUCUAAUCCUUAUAGGCUAUGCUGGCAGUCACAGGUUGGUCCCCAACCAUGGCUAGGCCCUCAAACUCAAUCAUCGGUUGAGGAAUACAUCGCAAAGGGGCAAAAAGAUCUCAUUCUUAUCCCAAUUGCUUUUACCUCAGACCACAUCGAAACACUCUUCGAGCUCGACAAGGAGGUAAUUGGGGAAUCCGGCCACGAGGACACCGUCAAGCGGAUAGAAAGUCUCAACGGCAGCCCCAUCUUCAUCGAUGCUCUUGCGGACCUUGCAAAGACACACUUAGACAGUGGGGUCUCCUGUUCCUAUCAGAUGGGUCUCAGGUGUCCAGGCUGUAAGAGUGAACGAUGUACCGAGUCAAAGAAGUUUUUCGCAGCACAGGAAAAUACUUCUUCAGUAUCAUUGUAGAGCGCACAGUUGUCACAUGUUUGGAACCGCGCUUCUAUUUUGGCAGUUGCAAGGAGUUCAAACACUACUCCGGUUUUAAGCAGUUGUCUUAUUAUGUGCGUAUAUCUAGGCAUUCUACUCUACCCCCAUACUAGCUAUUUUCUGUUUUAGCAGAAUAUUGUACAAUUUAGACGACCGGAUAGGAAAAUAUGAAUUGGGCGGGUACGGCAUUGGAUUGAUGACUACUAUAUAUUUAAAUCUAUUAUCUACAUACAUAGCUACUCAAACA